CUCAUUCCAAUUUCCAUCAAAAAAUGGCAGAAUUCAUCUCUCUCCUUUUCCUCUUUCCCUUCCUUUUCCAUCUCUCCCAAGCAUCAACCCGACCGGGAAUUUCCAUCUACUGGGGCCAAAACGGAAACGAAGGCACCCUAGCCGAAACAUGCGCCACCGGAAGAUUCUCCUACGUUAACGUAGCUUUCCUCAUCAAAUUCGGCUCCGGCCAAACCCCAGAACUCAACCUCGCCGGCCACUGCAACCCAUCAGCCAACACCUGCACCGGCAUCACAUCAGAUAUCCGAUCAUGUCAAAAACGCGGGAUUAAAGUGAUGCUCUCUCUUGGCGGUGGAAUCGGAAAUUAUUCACUGUCGUCAAAAGAAGACGCUAGAAACGUCUCCCGUUACUUAUGGAACAACUUCCUCGGCGGACGGUCGGCUGCUCGGCCACUCGGUGACGCUGUCCUGGACGGAAUUGACUUCGAUAUUGAAUUGGGUUCUGCACAACAUUAUGAUGAUUUAGCGAGAUACUUGUCUUUAUACAGGAGGAAGGUUUAUUUGACGGCGGCGCCUCAGUGUCCGUUUCCGGAUAGAUUAGUUGGGGGUGCACUUAAUACGGGUUUGUUUGAUUUUGUUUGGAUUCAGUUUUAUAAUAAUCCUCCUUGUCAGUAUAAUGGGAAUGUUACAAAUUUGAGGAAUUCUUGGGAAAGGUGGACUACUUCUAUCAAGGCUAAGAGGAUAUUUUUGGGGUUGCCGGCGGCACCACAGGCGGCUGGAAGUGGGUUUAUUCCGGCGGAUGUUUUGACGUCGGAAGUUUUGCCGGUUUUGAAGAGUUCUAGGAAAUAUGGAGGAGUGAUGUUGUGGUCUAAGUUUUGGGAUGAUCAGUCUGGAUAUAGCACAGCAAUUAAAAACAGUGUUUGAUUUUUAUAAAGAGGGACAAAUAAUAACUCCUAUUAUUAUUAUUA